CGAAUGUAAUGCAGAUUUCACCAAUAUCAUUGUAGCCUUUCGACGUCAAAAAAAGCCCCAUCACAGCAUCGAUACUAAAUUUAUGCGGGGUGUGCUGUCGAGUCCAAAAAUUUCCAGCGCCCUUUGGCAAAUAGGAUCAAAAUGACUUUUCACUCAUUGGGCACUGCAGAGAGGCAACACUAUUCCUUUUCCACUCAUCAAUAAUAAGAGCUCCUCAUCCUCUCAGCACAUCACAUCGCUUGGUGGGCUUAGCGACACAUUGAUCUGCAAUAUUUGUACACAUGGAAAAAGCCAACGUCAAUGAAUGACAAAACCUGGUAUAAAUUUGUUUGCUAUGACCAAAAAACAGAACAAGCUCUAUAGUUCCCAAAUGCCUACUUAAAUCAUGGUUCAGUUCAGCCAUAUCUAGCCCCGCUGGAUCUGGACAAUAUUCGCUUACUUAUCUCUAAUUCCUAAUAGGGACGAAACCGCCCCUCUCCAAUGCGAGCUUCAUGAGUAUCAUCUACAGGAAUCGUGUAGAGAAACUCAUUUGUACGAAGCUUUGUCGUACACACGGGGUGGUUUUGACGAUCCUCCACAGUGUAUCUUCAUAGACGGACAUUCCUGCCGAUCACGUCGAACCUCCAUGCAGCGUUGUUACGUCUUCGAAAUGGCACUUUCAACCAAGUGAUAUGGGUAGAUGCUAUAUGCAUCAAUCAAGAAGAUGAGCAAGAGAAAGGUCGCCAGAUUAAAAUGAUGGCGAGGAUCUAUGGUCAAGCAAACCGAGUUAUCGUUUAUCUUGGAAAAGCUGCGGAUGAUAGCGACUUGGCUCUUGAAAGCAUACGAAUUGGUGCAGAAGGCGAGAAUUUUAUUUCCGAUUUCGUGGACUACAACAUGGCUGGAAAGUCAUUCCUUGAAUUGCUUAAACGACCUUGGUUUCAGCGUAUUUGGGUAGGCAAAUACCGUUGUCAAUAUCCCCAAAAAGGCUAAUAAUCUAUUUCCGUUUAGGUACUCCAGGAGGUUGGCUUAGCUCGAAGUAUCCACAUCUUAUGCAGUUCCGAGGAGAUAGACGGGUAUACAUUCUGUUUGGGCAUCAGCGAGCUGAAGUUUUUCUUCGAGGAUUCUCCACAUUUACAAAGUCUGAUUCGUGCAACUAUCUACAUGAUAAGAGGAUCCAUCUUCCGUCCAAAACACACUCUGAGUCCGCUAAGGGAUCUCCCUCUAUGUGAGUUGAUUGAUAUGUAUCAUGGCCAUAAGGCUACGAUACGUCACGACAAGUUGUAUGCGUUGCUGGGUAUGUGCUCCGAUAAUCUGAGCUCAACUGGCCUACUACCUGACUACACGAUUUCAUGGAAGACACUUUUCAAAGGCUUAUCGAGUUUAUCCUUCGUAAAACGAUAUCCGUAGAGACUUUCGAUGAUAGGGGGAUAUCAGUAAUCAAGAUUCGAGGUUUUAUUCUAGGCCUUGUAUCCCGCGUAACGACUGACUCUUUUGGAUCCCAUUGGCAGUGCAUCGAGACUAAGUUGAACGAGACGCCAGUAUCCUUGCAGUACAUUAAAUACUAUGGCUCUGUGUGGACAAUAC